AUGGGUGAUCAUAAAAAAACUGAACGUAAAUUAAAUUUUCCAUUUAUUGCACAAAAUGAUACAAUGGAUACAAUAAGAAUAAAUAUGCCUGUCAUUACGCAACCAUCAUCACGACCAAAUACUUUACCAAUAGGUGGACAAUGUGGCAGCAAUACAGUAUUAUUUACACCAGGUGAUUAUAAUAAUCUUUUAUUAUCAACACCAGAAAUGGAUAAUCGAUUACGUGGUUAUACAACACCAGAUUUAAUCAAUGCUCUUGCAAUGUCAACACCUAAUGACGUACAAUCUUCACUAGGUUUGUAUGAUCAAAUUAAAAUAACAGAAAAAAAUAUACAUAUAAAAAUAUUCUUUUUCUUUGGACUUGCAGGUGCCAAUAUACUUGAUGAAAUGCUUCCUACUCAUAUCGAUAAUAGUAACCAUCCAAUUUUACAACAAAUGCAUCCAUUCGAUCAUACUGCAUAUAAAAUAGCAUCUAAUACGGAUAAUCGACAACACGAAAAUGUUUCAACAUAUAAUAAUAAUCGAUCAAAUUCUCAAACAUCUCCAUAUAAUCCGUCGGUAUCAUCGUUAACGAUGGAUAAUGAAUCGUCACUUUCAACAGCACCAUCAAGCCCAUCGUCAAUGAAUCAACAAUUUCAAGAAAUAAAAGAUGAAUUACAACAUGUUCCAUCCAUACGAACAAAACCUCAUGAUGAACAAAAUGAUGUAGUAAGAAAAGAAAAAAAACGUGAAAGAAAUCGACAAGCAGCACAAAAAUGUCGCACAAGAAAAUUAACACGUAUUGCUGAAUUACAAAAACGUGUUAAUGAAUUACAAGGAAAAAACAAAGAUUUAUCAAAUAUAGCCGAAUGUCUAAAAUCUGAUAUAACAAGCUUAGAAAGAAAAUUAUGCGAUCAUCAUGCGCAAGGAUGUCAAUUAAUGAAUGGAGCAAUACUAUAA